AGCAUACAAAGACUGACAUAGUAUUUCAUAACGAUGGAAAAGAAAGCAUAAGCCAUAUAUCUCCCCUCCAUUCGUUGACCCACAGUUCUUGCUCCCAUGGGUGCUUUCUUCUCGCUGCUCAACCAGGCCUUUCCCCCAAAAUCAAACUUCAGCGUAGAUGACAUACCAGACCUCACUGGCAAGGUUAUCAUUGUCACAGGAGCCAAUACCGGUAUCGGGAAAGAAACUGCAAAGGCCUUGCUGUCUCACAACGCGAAGGUUUACGUUGCCGCACGAAGCCAGGAGAAAUCCGCAGAGGCCAUACAAGAUCUGAAGAACAUGACAGGCAAAGAGGCCGUCUUUCUGAAACUCGAUCUAAGCAGCCUCAAGGCGGUCAAAGCAGCAGCAGAAGAAUUCUUGAGCAAGGAGACGCGGUUACACGCUCUCAUAAACAAUGCAGGUGUUAUGAUGUCUCCUAUCGAUAUGGUGACCGAGGAUGGCUAUGAUCUUCAAUUCGGUACAAAUGUGCUUGGUCCAUUCUACUUUACUAAAUUGUUACUUCCCGCCCUUAUCUCGGGCGCAAAGGAUUCUCCUGAUGGCAAAGCCCGUGUCGUCAAUGUAUCCUCCGCGGUUCAUCACUUUAACGGUUUGGACUUCAAUACCUUCAAGGAUGGUCCAGCAAGGAAGAAGGUCUACAGUGGUUUUUUGUAUUCACAAAGCAAAAGCGGUACCGUAGUCUUCGCAUCAGAACUAGACAAACGCUAUGGGGAUCAAGGCAUUGUAUCUACUUCUACCCACCCUGGUGCCAUCCAGAGUGAAUUGCAGCGUCAUCUGCCUUCCAUUAUCCAGACGAUGAGUAGUGUCUCUUUAUACCCAGCCUCUCAAGGGGCUCUCACGCAGCUCUAUGCUGCUACUUCACCAAAUGCCGUUGAACUCGGUGGCAAGUAUCUAAUUCCCUGGGCUAGACCCGGUCAACCUCGUAAGGAUACCCAAGACCCAAAGAUUGGGCAGGCAUUGUGGGAGUGGCUGGAGGAACAAGUUGAGGACAUCUAGUCUGUACUGAUCUAAAUUUCCGAAGGACACAAGCUGUAUACCCACGUUACAGUACUUUACCUUACUCGUCUGAUGGGCAACUUUAUUGUGUUAGAGCUGUACUUUUAUGUUGUACGCUGUUUCCCUGGAAAUCUGAGGCUUUAUAGAGCCAACUCUGAUCGGCAC